UACAGCAUUUGGACUCUACUGCAAAGAUGCGUCUGUCAUUGGGAUCUCGUCAAAUUUUGGGCCUGUUUUGUUUGGUCAUGUUGCUCUGUGCUUUUGUAUCGGGAGUGACUUCUCAUGACCCAAGGAAACCAAUAUGUUGUAAACGGCUCAGGAAGAAACCUGUUGAGAGCAAUAUCACAAAGUGUUUCUUUGUGUCGGCAACACCGAAAUGCCUUAAAGCUGUAAUAUUCACAGAUGACGAGGGAAGGAUGCACUUCAUCGAUCCAAAGGCUCCAUGGCUCAAUGAGAAAAUAAAGGAUCUAGAAAAGAAAGGUAUAGAAUGCCAACGACAAAAGGAAAGUCUUUAAACCCUGAUGUAAGCACGGAAUAUGCGGCUCUUCUCUCUGAACUUUAUCUACACCAGCCACAACAGCAAGAUCUCGAUUAUUUAAACAAGACACCCUGUAUUACAUACUGUAGCAAACUGUAAACAUACAACGGGAAACGCCAACUGAAAUAUAUUGCAAAAAGGAAACCAUGCAGCUAUGUUUUGCUUUCACACUUAUUGUAGAUGUUGAGCAAUUUACAUCUGUUUAUUCCUUUAUUUAUAUAUUUGGAUUUAUUGAUGAAGUUUUAUUGAACUAAAACAUAUAGUUGUUUAUUUAUUUAUUUAUUUAAGUAUUUAAAAACAUUUUAAGGAACUACAUAUUAAUUUUUUUACAAAUCAGCAUUGUGGCAGUUGUUGUGAAAUAAUCCAACACGACAGGAAGUUAACUGGAUGAACUGUGAGCAAA